CUGACGUGUGGUGUCAAAUGUACGCCUUCUCGUCUCUUUAGUAGGUCAGAGGAACAGACGCGAGGAUGUGAAAGGGUUACGCGUCUACAGUAAUUAGACUCGCACUUCACGUCUGCGUCCUCCAAUACGGAGCUGCGAGAAGUUACGUCCACCCCCUCCAUUUCUCUCUUGCACACACACCGACACACACACACACACACACCGACACACACACGCCUCCCCACCAGCUCCUCGGUGCGUCUAAUACACUUGAAGAAUCUAAGCGCAAGCCUCCCCCGUUCACACACAACCCGUGUUGCGCGUGGAGCACAAAACACACGGAGAGAGAGAGAGGUGCCUUUACUCUCUUCUCCUGCUGUCCUGUUAACUUAUCCGUUCACAUAGAUGUUAAAAUCUAUGUGAACGCUAACCCUAACCCUAAAAAACUAAGUUCUAGAGAGACAUUUAUCUAUUUUCUUUUGGAAAGGCUUUUCUUUUGCGUGUACUUUUUAAAGCUUUAGCCUUUACCUUUUAAUGGGGUUUAUGAGGCAAAAGAUGUCUGGAUGAGAUGAUUUUUACACAAGCUGCUGAAAUGGAUCACAGACUUUCCAGAGGCAGCUGGGUACCGGUGACUGGGCUGGUUGUAUGUUUGCUUCUAUGUGCGUGCGUCGUGGACCUGGUCCUUGCACAGAUUCGUUACUCCAUCCCCGAAGAGCUGGAGCACGGAGCUUUUGUGGGCAACAUUGCCGAGGACCUGGGCUUGGACGUGGCCAAGUUGUCAGCACGUCGGUUUCGAAUAGUCUCCGGCGCAAAGAGGCAGUAUUUAGAAGUGAACUUGGAGAAUGGCAUUCUCUUCGUCAACGAAAAGAUGGACAGGGAGGAGCUGUGCGAACGAAGCCCAAGCUGUUUUUUACAUCUGCAGGUGGUCAUUGAAAACCCAUUAGAACUGUACAGAGUGGAAGUGGAGAUUCUAGAUGUGAACGACAACUCCCCGAGUUUCCCAUGGAGCGAGUUCAAUCUUGACAUCACGGAGUCGGCUGCGCCGGGCUCCUGUUUCCCGUUAGAGAGCGCACAGGACCAAGACGUGGGCACCAACUCGCUGCGCUCCUACCAGCUGAGCGCGAACGAGCACUUUGUACUGAAUAUCCAGACGCGCAACGACGGGAGCAAGUUUGCUGAGCUCGUGCUGGACACUCCGCUGGACCGGGAACAGCGGAAACGGCACGAAAUGGUCCUGACCGCCUUCGACGGGGGGUCACCGGAACGCUCUGGCACAGCCCUCAUAACCGUCACAGUGUUGGACGCGAACGAUAACGUGCCCGUAUUUGACCGCUCGGUUUACCGGGCGAGUCUGGUGGAGAACGCACCGCGGGGGACGAUGGUGCUGAAGCUGAACGCCACGGACCUGGACGAGGGCUCCAACGGAGAGGUGACCUACGCGUUUAGCGGACACGCACCCCUCAAGGUGCGCGAGCUGUUCAACGUGGACCCGUACACGGGUGAGAUCCGAGUGAAGGGCAUUGUGGACUACGAGAAAGCCAGUGUGUAUGAACUCUACGUGCAAGCAAAGGACAGGGGACCCUCGGCUGUGGCUGUGCACAGUAAAGUGCUCGUAGACAUCCUGGAUGUGAAUGACAACGCGCCCGAAGUCAUCCUCACGUCAGUCUCCACUCCGGUCCAGGAGGACGCGCCACCGGGCACGGUGAUUGCUGUCAUCAGUGUUAUGGACCGGGACUCGGGAGCGAACGGCAACGUUGACUGCCAAAUCCCGAGCAACGUCCCCUUUCAACUCCAUUCAUCUUUUAAGAACUAUUACACUCUGGUGACAAGCGAGUUUCUGGACAGGGAAGCCGUGUCUGAGUACAACAUCACACUGACAGCCCGAGACUUGGGCUCCCCUUCGCUCUCCACGAGGAAAACCAUCCUCGUUCAAGUGUCUGACAUUAAUGACAACCCCCCACGGUUCGCUCAACCUUCAUACACGGUUUACGUUACUGAGAAUAAUGCCCCGGGCGCUUCCAUUUGCUCCGUAACUGCAUUCGACCCCGAUUCUAAUCAGAACGCCUAUCUGUCCUACUCUAUUCUCGAGGGUCAGAUCCAGGGCAUGCCCGUGUCCACUUACGUCUCCAUCAACUCCGACAACGGUAACAUCUAUGCACUGCGCUCCUUUGAUUAUGAGCAACUUAGAAACUUUAUGAUUCUGGUGCAGGCGCGAGACGCCGGUUUCCCCCCCCUCGCCAGCAAUAUCACAGUCAACGUAUUUGUCUUGGACCAGAACGACAAUGCACCCGUUAUAGUGUCCCCGCUCCCCAAAAACGGCACCGUGGCCACGGAGGUGGUUCCGCGGUUGGUCGACGCCGGGUAUCUGGUUACCAAAAUAACAGCGCUAGACGCGGAUGCGGGGCAAAACUCGCGGCUCUCCUAUCAGGUGCUGCAGGCUACAGACCCGGGGCUGUUCAGCGUGGCCCUGUACACGGGCGAAAUCCGCACCAUUCGCCGACUCGUGGAAAAAGACGCAACGAGGCAAAGACUGGUCCUACUAGUCAAGGACAACGGGCAGCCGCCGCUCUCCGCCACCGUCUCCGUGGUCCUCACGGUGGUCGACAGCGUGCCCGAGUCCCUGUCAGAUUUCGGAGAUCUCGCGCUCAGCCCUCAGCCCGCCUCGAACGUCGCUCUCUACCUGAUCGUGUCACUAAGCACAAUCUCUUUAAUAUUCCUCGUGGCUAUAAUUGUGCUUGCUGCAAUCAAGUGCUACAAGGACCGUGAGACCCACAGUGGGUACAAGCUCCCCCCGUUCGCCUGCUGCUGUUGCGGGGGGUUUCAGCCAGAUCCGCCUCCAGAAGUGUUCAAAAAAUCCAACCUCAACCUACAGAUUUCAUCCGCGGCUAAAGUGCCCACGAACUGUAUGGAGGUAAAUGGAAACAGCAGUCUCUCCCAGUCAUAUUGUUAUAAAGUGUGCCUGACUCCCGAAUCUGCCAAAAGUGACUUCAUGUUUCUGAAGCCGUGCAGCCCCGGCAGCACGCCGAGGAACAACGAGGCGAAGAGCGCAGAAAACGCGUGGAACGCGCCAAGCCGGAGCGCAUCUGUGAACAAUGGAGCAACUACUCCAAACGAGUUGAAGCAGCCAAACACAGACUGGACUCUGACGAAAAAUCAGAACUCCUCCAUCAAAAGUUAUAACUCCAUCAACAUGGAUGGCACCCUCAUGCGAAAGGCCAUGCACGCCGAUCCAGAAAACUAUGUCACAUCCAUGGCGCCCGGACAAUAUUGGACCUGGGGAACCCACAUGAGAGGGGUGAAAGACUACAAGAUGUCUCCCUCUACAAGUGAGGUCCGCUCUCGCCCCUGGACUCCUCGGUGCACUCCUCCUCCCCAACAGCAGCAGCCAUCAGUCCCACCCCACCCUCACCCUCACCCACACCCUCACCCACCCCCUGACUACCACCACAAUGUGUACAUCCCUGGAACCCCAUCGGGUUUCUGCACCCUGAGGCCCGCAGCGCAGCGAAGCGACCUGGACGUCCACAACGCUUUCUCCACCUUCGGCAAGAGACGACGUCUUCAGAUGUCCCCCCAGGGAGAGGCGGCGAUUAUAAAUAAUGACCUGUACAAUGACUGACAUUUGAGUGGCAGUCAAAGCGGAUUCUUAGAAUGACAUAUGACCUCAUAUGAAAGCAGGGGAAGAGAACAUUCAGCUCACAGAUUAAUAAACGUAUGAUUUCUAAGUUGGAUGACAAAUACACAUAAAAGUGAUUUAACAUAACAUUGUGGCUAAAAUGCUGAAGGGAAAUAAAGUCUGAUGGCUAUUUGUGUGAGAAGCCACUGCAACGUGGUCAAUGUAUAAAUCCACAUGUUAUUAUUAUUUAGACAAUCAAAAAGAAGCAGCAAUUACAUCCAAAAUGUAUUGGACAAAGCAUUAGUGGACAAUUAUUUUGCACCCCUUAUGCAUUUCUAUUUGUUGGUUUUCUUUUUGUAUAAUGUUUGUUUGCUGAGCUUGUGUGAAUAUUACAACGUAUUAUAAUGUAUAUGCAAGCAGCAAAAUGAUGCAGAGAACUGUAUAGAGGGGGAUUUUCCCAAAACAUGUACUGUAUACAUUUAUGAAAAUAAAGUAUUUUUUUCACAAGGUCUAGGUGAUGACUCAGAGA